AUGGACAAGUACGCGCUGGGGCCUGUUAUCGGGGAGGGCCAGUUUGGGAGUGUUCGCAUGGCGACUGUCAAGGCCACCGGGCAGACGGUCGCUGUGAAACUUCUACAUGUGUCUCGGCUCACAGAAGGCAUUCCGCAUCCGGUGGCGCGGGAGCUUCUCAUUGCGUCCCGUGUCGACUCACCGUUUCUGGUGAAGACCAUCGAGAUUGCAGCGUACGGGUCCCACAUGGCUGUUGUGAUGGAGCGCUGUAUGGAGGACUUGGCGUGUGUCUUGCGCAAGUGCAGUCCCGCUCACCCGCUUCCGCUGCUCUUGACGCAGUCGUAUCUGCGCAUGCUUCUCACCGCGCUGCACGCAUUGCACUCUAGCGGUAUUCUACACCGCGAUGUGAAACCGUCAAACUGCUUUGUUGCUGUGGAUGGAUGUCUGAAGCUCGGCGACUUUGGCCUCAGCCGCCCACUAGGCUCGGACAUGUCGCACGAGGUUGUUUCGCGUUGGUACCGCGCGCCGGAGCUGCUCUUUGGCCAGCGACGCUACGGGGGCGAGGUGGACGUCUGGGCGGCUGGGUGCGUUUUUGCCGAACUCCUGCGUGGUCACGGCCGCCCUUUCUUUACAGGUGACGGAGAUAUCAGCCAGAUUGCGAAGAUUUUUGACGUCUUCGGCACCCCCACGGGUGCAACAUGUAGCUUCUACCGCCAGUUGCCUGACUGGGAGAAGGUUUAUUUCGAAGAGAAGAAGGGAACCGGUCUGCGGGCGCUGCUGCCGUUUGUGCCCCCUGAGGCGCUUGACUUGUUGACGAAAAUGCUAGCACUCGACCCGUUAGCUAGGUGCAGCGCCGCAGAGGCGCUCAGCCAUCCAUUUUUCGCUCUUUCAAAUACCUUGCUGCGUGCAUGA